AUGUUCCUUUCACACUCUUCGAUUCCAGCCAUUUCCUUGGAAGGAGAAUUCGGUGCCGGUCCGGUUGUCGAUAACAUUCCCGUGCACGGAAUCCCAGUCAAAAGUUCGAAGAAGAUCUUCUUGCCGAACGCGAUGCGCUUCUUCCCCAGUGCGGAGACGGGAUCGACGAAGUUUGCUCGUCCAAGACAGGCCGGUCUCCACGGCUGCUGUCACGGGACGGUGGACCUCCGAUUCCACAGUCUGCCCGAUCGAGGCUCGUCGAAGCCCACUUGGAGCUCGGAGGACCUCCAACUCCUCGAGGGAUCGCCGCAUCGCGUGUUGGUGCUGAGCAAGCGCUUGAGGAACCGGAUGCCGAUGGAAACGGCGGCGAUGAUCGCCAGGCAGAGGUCCUCGAACGAAGUGAACGGUGAAGGCGCGGUUCCUCGCGACGACAAAGCCUCGCUUCCGGACGCGUCUUCCUUCGCGAACUGGCCUUUUGCCGAGGUCGUGUAUGGUGUGAGGAGCCACGUCUAGCGUCCGGACAGUGAGUGGACUGGGUUGUGUGUGUGAUCGGCGGCUCGCCGGCGUUGUGUCGCCGAGUCGAGAUAAUGGAAUUACUCGUUUCUUGGCUGGCAGUCCUGUCCCUUCCCUCGUGUUCCCGCUGUUAGAUGAUUUGUCGUGACGUGACCCGUUCUUCCGCGAUUUUUCAUGCGUCAUCUCUCUGUUGGCAGAAGAUUCUAACGCGGUGCAGAUCUCACUCAGGCCGUGUAAGUAUUGUGUAUUCUACUCUGAUGAGCUUUCGGCUUCGGAAAAUGUCAUCAACAGCAUCUUGCUCACGUUCUGUUUGCUUUCCAUCAACGCUAUUCAGCGCCUCUAUUUGGAACGCUUGCUUUCUUUUCCCCCUCGGCUUCACGCUGAAAUUCUCACGAGCUUCUUCUUCGGCCUUCGUGUUCAAACGCCGUUAAUUUGGACCGGACCUCUACUGGGUCGACCGAUUUCUCAAGGCCGCCGUCUCUUCCAUGCAGAACAGCCAUCUCGGGCGAUCGGCCAACUCGGUUGAACGUCCAUUCCAGAAUAUGGAGCCGCAGCCGCUGGGAAGGCCAGACUUGCUUUCACGAAUGAUCAACUCUGAUUGAUUGAGGAACUGGACUGUGAGAAUCCUUCAUUACCGCUUUGAGUUGAUAUAAUUUCUUGAAGUGGGAUUUGCAAAAUGUUUCGCACUCGUGACCGCUCAUUCACAGUGAGAAGUGAGUGACAAUCUUCGCAUCAAAUACAGUUUCUGUGCAAAAUACCUUUGGAAGUCUUGAUCUGCUGCAUCUGGAAGGGUUUGCUUUCAACACCCACCCGCUUGCUUGAAACCUCAAAUCACCGCAUGGUCCAACUGACAUUAGCAACUUUAUUUCGGUUGAUAUUUGUGACAAUCUCUCCUUCAGUGUCUUCCUUCGUGAAUCGAUUUCUUAAUGACUUAUUUCCGCCUUUUCGGACGAGGAAGUUGGGCACUCCUGAUUCUACGUUGACAGUGAUAGGACAGCCCCUCACGAAGAUGAUUGGUAGGAAGAGGGGAAGAAAGGAAAAGGACAGGAGAACAAAAAAGGACGCAAAGCGGAAAAUGUAUUCGAUUAUCUUCGAAAAUGUGCGCGAUAUCCUGUUCUUGUCACUGAGAGGAAAUAGGAUGACUAUAAUAUAAACAGGGAAGAGCAAGCGAAGGAAAAGGAGAGAAUGUAGGUAUGUGUGGUAUUGAUCCCAAGGGAUGUUGACUCUUUUUCUCGCCGGACAAUGAAGCGAGAGGCGAGGGGGACUGGUUGCCAAUCACGAGACCCUCGUAAUGACCUCCAAUGUAAAUUAAUUGGAAGGGGGGGAAGAGAAAGGAGCAUGUUCGUGGGUCACGGGUGACAGUUACGCAUGGGGUCCUUACCCCGCCUCCCUCGUUUCCAACUGGGGGGAGCCCAGUGUACACAACACCUUCCAUAUUGAAUCCUCUUCAUCGUGCUUCACCGUGAUCGUGUUUCGAAAUUCGAUAUCCUCGUAUGCGCGAUUGUUGUUCGGGUAUCCAGCAUCAUGACACUGACAGAGGGUAAAUAUGUUGUACCGC